AUGACCGAGCUUACACGUACUCUUCCUGCCUCGUGGUAUUGCAAUGAGUCGCUUUACAACAUGGAGCGCCGUGCAGUAUUUGUCAAGUCUUGGUACUUGCUAGGACCGGUGACACGAUUUCAAGUCGUGGGCGAACAUGUAGAUUACGAGGUUGCACAGCACCCAAUUUAUGCUGUUCGAACUUCUGGAGAUGCUCUCAACCCAACAGCCGAGGAGCUGAAGGUCUUCUCCACGGAGACGGGCAAGGAGUUACAGAAACAUGUGACACCCACCGGUCUUCUCUUUUCAACCAUUGCGGAUGAUGCACCAAACUUUCACGAGUUCUUCCCCGAGCUUGAAGAGCUGCUCGGAAAAGUCGAUUUCACUCGCCUUCCCUACCGCCGCAGUAUUAAGUAUGAGGGUCGAUUCAAUUGGAAGACCAUGGUGGAUGGCUACCAAGAGUGUUUGCACUGCCAGUACACUCACCCGUCGUUUUCAAUCUAUUACCCGCCCACAUUCUACACAGUGCGCAACAAGCACAAUUUUUCUCAACACAUUGCAGACCCCAACAAGCCCGAUGAUGGUCUAUUCCUGUACUUCUUCCCCAACUGCACGUUGAAUGUCUAUGGUGGCGGCAUGUCAUCUUUCCGCGUGUGUCCCACUGCCGAUCCUCACGUCACUCGCAUGGAGUUCGACUAUUACCACUUGGCCGAGGGUGAGAAAUUUGAGGAGUACUUCAAAUUUGUUCGACAAGUUGCAAUGGAGGACUUUGAGCUCUGUGAAAAGGCCCAAGAUAAUCUGGCGAAGGGAGUUUACCAUGAGGGUAUCCUGAACCCCGAGAAAGAAAAUGGUGUCUCCUACUACCAGCAGCGUGUGUUCCAAAUGGUGUGCGAGCAGCACCAAGCUGAUCGCAAAGAAAUGGGUAAUGACGAUACCACACUGAAGGAACGGGCAGCGCCAUCCAUGGUCCAGAUGGCAGCAUAG